CCCCUAAAAACAACACAACAAUUUCAUCCAAUGUAAACAUGCCAGUCUUUCAAUUGGAAGGGUGGGCCCACAAGGAGAGAAUCAACUUACUUAGGAUUGUUGUGAGUCUUCAAGCCUUUUCAGGCUGUGGCAUAUGCUGCCUCAAAGUCACUGUCUCUGGAGUGUUUUCAACAAAGGUGGCAUGGCCAUCUGUCGGGAGGCUUUGAUUGUCAAGAAAGGCAGGGAGGAAGGAAGGAAAUAAGUGAGGGAAGGAGGGAGAGAGGCCUGGAGAGAGAUGGCCAGUGGAAAUUUGAACAGGGGCUGCAAUUGGUCCCUGGGCUGGACUUUGAAUGUGCCUGGCAUAAGGGAUCUGGGUCAGCUAUACAUGAACAGAAGCUAUGUGGUAGAAAGGGCCACAUUUCACUAUCCAAAGCACUGGAUGAGGCAUGUUUGGACCCUCUCCAAAAACAAUAACAACAAUGUGUUAGCGCCUCUGAAUCUCCCCCACGAAAAAAUGUUGCCAAUCUCCAACGUAGCAUUGAAAGCUGAGGCUUUCCACCCUUGGCCCCUCCCCCCAGAGAGUCACCCACAAGUCUCCCACCACAAAAGGAAGCUGCAUCAUGCAGGCGCUGCCAGAGCACCGGCCGCCCUUCUGCUUUUGUGCGCUUUCCAACGCCUGUGACCCAGACACCGCUUUCCUGGAGGUCCUGCAACCUGGUGGAAUGGCUCUGCUCUGGUUCUCGCUGUUGAUGCUCCUUUCAAGCAUCACUAUUGCCCAGCUCCCUAUCCAAGAUGGCUUCCCCAUGAACUUUUGGGACUCUCCCCAAAAACGAUGGGAGUGGAAGUCGUCCGAUGACGGAAGCCUGCAAGACUCUCUUUUGUUCCGGAGGAAGAGGGAGUCUGGCCCUGAGCUUCACAACUCUUCCAAAGCUAUGGAGGGAUUCCCCAAGAAAGAUCUUGGUGAAAUCCCCAAAAUGCCAGAUCGUGUGACAACUCCAAAGAAACCAAUGCAAGGGCUUAUCACCGUUUCCCUUACAGUGACUCAGUCUCCGGCAUCCAGCGUUGCCAAAGAAGCCAAGCUUCCCAAAGAUGGGACCCAUCUUGUGUCCAAAAUGGGCCCCGCGACGUCCUCGGAAAGGCUACCACCUGCUAAAGGAGUGCUCGCCACGACAGAACAUUGGCCAUGGCUUCACGACGACUCAUCGUCUGCCCCUGCGGAGAUGUUGGGCAUGGAGAGCUCCACAGCAGCCCUGAAGCCUGGCACUCUCAAGACUUUCCUAAAAGCCAAAGGAAGGCCUGCACCUUUUCUCACAACAACCAUAGAUGGGCUAUGGGAAGACCAAUCAACUGCGCCCGCUCAGACAACAGAGAUCCGCAAGCCGGCAAGACCCCGCUCCAAGUAUAGGCCAUCACCGUACCACAGGACAACUGUGCCAGUGAAGGUGCUGAUGGACGACACUGACACCUCUGCCAUAACAGGGAGGCCGAGUCUUGGUCCAGUUGGGACCAGUUUUGGAACUAAGGGGAAAGAAAGCCAUGUCCCUCACGUCACCACCGUGUCCCCUGUCCCUGCCAGCAGCACCAGCAUGGUGGGCAAGUGUCUCUUGGCCAUCUCUCUGCUUGCCCUUGUGGCUGGUGUCUUCAUUGUCAUGGCGGCAGUGAUGGCGGGCCUGCUGUGGCGCCAGAGGCAGGCCUACCGCCUGAACCGACACAACCAGACUGAGAUGGUGUGCAUCUCCUCAUUGCUGGCUGCUGAGGAGGCUGAGGAGGGGCGGGCAAAAGGCCCCCGGGUGCAACGGGUGCGGAUGCUGCAGGAGAAUGGCACCGAGGCCGAGGCUGACAGCCUCACGCUCAAUAGCUUCCUGCCCGAUCAUUAAGACAAAGCCUCUAAAACCCUUUCCACUCAGAAGACUGCUCAGCCCACUCCGUGGUCAGUGACUACAUUCUCCAGCAGCCCUUGGACCUGAACUGAGGGUGGCCAGGGAACCUGGGAGUUACAGCUCAAGCACCUCCAGAAGACCAACAGGUCCAAUGGUUCUGGUUUGGAAGAGGGCUUCUCCAUUUGCACUCAUCUGAGAUGUGCUUGUGUUAUGAAGAGCUUGUCAAUAACAUUAAAGCAUAGGUUCUUUUUAUUGCAAUUUUCCAGUAUGAGAAAGGGUAACAGAACUUUGACAUUUUUACACAAAGAACAACAUUGAACAUACAGACAUCCAGAUUCUAUGAGGGUAGGUUAAAAACUUUUGGCUCCUGUGUCAUAAAAACUUUAUGAAUGAACCUAUAACAGCAGAAAACCUGAACUGUCAUCUCCACAAAAUUACCCUUCAACACCGUCACCAUCAAUUUGGACACAUUUGCGCCACUGUUUAACGCAGGCAUCAAAACCAUUUUCGAAAUUUCAUUGAAUCUGAAACCACGUAGGUUGUCUGUCAGAGGUCCAAACAGGUAAAAGUCAGAAGGGACCAAAUCCUAAACAUUCUUCAAGCGAUGAUGGAUUUCCUUAAGUGCACAACCUUCUUUGGCCAGAAAUUCAAUGAAGACUCUUUCUUUGAGCUUCAGAUUCAUGAUUCUAAUCAGUCAACUGGAAAAAGAAAAGACUAUAUCAGUAGAGUAAGGUUACCUCUCAUAUAAUGCAGACAUAGUCCAGUAGCUGUGAAAGACACAAAAGUUAGAGCGAUGGAUGCAUUACUUUUUGAUUGUCAAAGGCUUUCAUGGCUGGAAUCAUAGGGUUGCUAUGAGUUUUCCAGGUGGUAUGGCCAUGUUCCAGAAGCAUUCUCCCAUAGAUGUGGGCAAAACAUCAGGAGGGAAUGCUUCUGGAACAUGGCCAUACAGCCCGGAAAACUCACAGCAACCCAUUCCUUUUUGACCUUGGACUGCAGCUCCCAGAAGUCCUAGCAGCUAGCCGGGGUCAAGCAUGCUAGGACCCCAAGUCAAACAAAGAUAGCAAAGACUCCCGCUCGAGAACGAGGGUUAAUAAUAGCUGCUCCAUAUACAACACGCCUUUCAAGAGGACCUCUUCAACGGCUAAUACAUCCAUAUUGCCUAUAACCCACAACAAUGUUUUCCAAUACUUGAACCGAUAAAGCUUUUCUAAAUAAAUUGAUGCAUCUGCA